AUGGAGCUGCUUCGGAAAUGGCUCGGCCACCCCGAGGACCUCUACAACCUGCUGCGGUUCAAGAUGGGCGGCUACCGCGUCGUCAUGCCGCGGAUCGACCCGGACUCGCUGGGAUGUGGCCUCCGCACCUGCUACCGGUACCUCAACCAGACCAGCCGUAGCUUCGCCGCCGUCAUCCAGGCUCUGGAUGGAGAGCUGCGACAUGCUGUCUGUAUAUUCUACCUGGUGCUCCGUGCCCUGGACACUGUAGAGGAUGACAUGAGCAUCCCCUUGGAUGUGAAGGUCCCAAUGCUGCAGGAGUUCCACUCCUACCUCUACCAGCCAGAGUGGAAAUACAUGGAGAGCAAGGAGAAGGACCGGCAGGUGCUGGAAGAUUUCCCAACGAUCUCCAUGGAGUUCAGGAACCUGUCAAAAGUCUACCAGGAUGUGAUUUCAGAUAUUUGCCACAAAAUGGGUGUUGGAAUGGCGGAGUUCUUGGAGAAAAAAGUGGACUCUCAGCAUGAAUGGGAUAAGUAUUGUCACUACGUUGCUGGGCUGGUGGGGAUCGGCCUUUCCCGUCUCUUCUCUGCAUCAGAGCUGGAAGAUCCUAUUGUGGGGCAGGACACGGAGCUGGCAAACUCCAUGGGCCUCUUCCUGCAGAAAACCAACAUCAUCCGUGACUACCUGGAGGACCAGAUGGAAGGAAGGGAGUUCUGGCCCAGAGAGGUUUGGAGCAGAUACGCACAGAAGCUCUCGGACCUCGCCAAGCCGGAGAACAUCGAGAUGGCCGUGCAGUGCCUGAACGAGCUCAUCACCAACGCCCUCCACCACGUCCCCGACGUCCUCACCUACUUGUCCCGCCUGAAAAACCAAAGUGUCUUCAACUUCUGCGCCAUCCCCCAGGUGAUGGCCAUUGCCACGCUGGCUGCCUGCUACAACAACAAGCAGGUGUUCAGGGGCGUGGUGAAGAUCCGGAAGGGACAAGCCGUCACCCUCAUGAUGGAUGCCACCAACAUACAAGCUGUCAAAGCCAUCAUGUACCAGUAUGUGGAAGAGAUCUACCAGAAGAUCCCAAGCACUGACCCCUCCUCCAACAAGACGCAGCAGGUCAUCGCCUCCAUCCGCGCCAUGAGCCUGCCCGGCAGCUCCAUGGCAUCCCGGCACCACUACUCCCCCAUCUACCUGUCCUGUGCCAUGCUCCUGGCAGCCCUGAGCUGGCAGUACCUCAGCACCCUCUCCAAGGCCACCGAGGAGUACGUCCAGGCGGGAGAGAACUGAUGGGCAGCGGAUGGGCAGGGGGAGAGCUGGUUGGCAGGUGGGCAGCGGGGGCAGGAGGCUCCAUCCGUGGGGAUGGCCAGGCCCUGGGCACUGGGAAUGUGAGAGGAUGGGACCCCCCAGUGAGCUGCAGCCCCGGGGUGACACUGUGGCAUUGCUGGACUCCAUCCUCACUGCCCUUGCCAGCUGCUUGGAUGGUUACAAGUGCUAAUUGGAGUCUUUUUGUUUGAGGUUGAGUUAUUUUUUUUCCCCUUCUUUUCUGUUGGAUGGUUUUACCUGAGGUUUUCUUUUUUUUUUUUUUUUUUUGGUUAGGAUGAUUUGAAAUAGAAACUCCAGUUGCUUGUUUUCUUCCUUGAGAUUUGAGGCAUCUUUUCCAGCUCAGAGCUGAGCAAAACCCUGAGGGUUUUGCCUCCCAUUCUUAGGCAGCCUCUUCCCCAUUGCCUCCUGUGCCUGCCCCGUUCUGGAAGGAUGCUGCUUCAGCUGGGAGAGGAACAUGCUUUCUUAUCCAGGGAAAAAGCUCUGGCCACCUUGUGGCCCUCAGCCCAGGCUGGUUUACAUCCUGCAGCCUGGAAACAGGCAGAGGCCGUAGUGCUAUUUCUGUUGUGCUGAAGGAUGAUGAAAGAAGCCUUUUUAAUGUCAAAGAAAUAGAAGGUGAGAUGCUCUGUUCACUAAAAUGUGCCCCCAGCUGAAAGGCAGCUGUGCAGUUCCCUGCCCUGUGACAGAUGACCCCUGCACUGGCAAAGCCCUUGUUUUAGUAGUGGGGAGGGGGUUAAAAUGAGGAUGAUGCCAGCAUGGCCCUGAGCUCAUAACCCCAGGCCUGACUCCUCUGUUGGGUCUGGGCUCAGCCCGAGGGGAUGGGUGGUGGUGGCACAGCAAUGCAGGGGAGUGAGGGUUUGCACCCUGCUGUCCCUUGUGGGAUGUUUUUGGGGAGGCACUGGCCACCCUGAAAGACAACUUCCCUGCCAUGGGCUGGGAAGACUGGAGCCCCUGAGGGGGCGACCAGGGCAGGUUUCCCUGGCCUGCUUGCCUCCAGCUUUGGAAUGGUGCUUUGGGUUACACUGAUGUGAGAGCUGGAAGAGGCUGGUCUGAAACACAUCGGACACAUUUGGACUUAGAAGAGGAAAAAAAACACUUUAAAGGCAAGUCCUGUUAUCCUGGGGUGGAUGGUUGUUGUCAAGGUCCCUACCCACCCCCAUCAAAUGCUGCUUUGCUGUUGUGAAGGGAAGGAGGGCCCAUGUCCUGGAACAGGACAGAGCUGCCAGGGACAGUUUGGUGGCCUUUGCAAGGCCCAUCCCCUGUGGCCAGGCUGUUCAAAAGGAGAACCCCAACUCCACAGGUACCAAUGUAGAUAAGUUUUAAGCUGUCAUUCUGAAGAAACUUGCGGUAGCUCUCUUUGUGCAGCUUCCAGUCUUGUUGAGAUUAAAGUUUUCUUUGGGAAAAAAGAAAAA